AUGAAGUUGGACUCUGAGAAGAUACUUGAUGCUAUCGAAAUGAAGAAAGCUAAACUGGAUUUGAUUAAAAGGGACAUUGAAAAAUAUGAAGAGCAACGUUUGGAUAUUCAUGCCAAGUUUCAGGAAGCCGAGCGUGAGGGGAAUGAAGAGUGUCUUGGGGAACUUCGAGAAGUUGCGAGGUCUGUCAGGAAGGAGAAGAAUCGCCUCAGAGAAUUGUAUCGUUCUGUUGCUUUUAGUGAGAGAGAGGAACUCCUUCAAGUACCCAAUAAACUUCGAGAUGUUCCCAGAUCUUUGCCGGAUGAAAGCUGGUUCAAUGCUGAUGUUAGUCUGGAGAAUCGUCCGGGUGCCAUUAGUUUUUUCGACGUUGCCGGGUCGACUCUGAAUAAUUCAAUAGUAAUGCUGAAAGCAGAUCUUUGGUUUCAUCGGGAAGAUAGGCGAUAUUUAGAGAGAAAUGCUAGUACAGAGUUUGAUAUUCUUCUUUUUUUAAGGGACUGCGGAACCUACCUUACAGGUGAACUAGUCACCAUGGCAACGGAUUUAAUGCCUAAUCUCUUGGAGAGGCUUCUUGACUUGGUUGAUGUGACCCGUAGAUCGCGGUGUCGGUUGUGCAGUCUAUCUGACUUUGUGCGUCUACCAGUUGUUGAGGCUUGUGCAUGGGUAUCAUCUCUAGACAAGGUGAUUCAAAUGGUUCAUACCAAAGAUGACCUCUAUACUCUCGAAGAUGGUGGCCGAGUGCUCAUAAAUCCAUACACUCGAAUUUGUCUUGUUGGCUCAGCAAGCCUGGCCUCAUUUGUCGGAUCUAUUUUCGGUAGCUCCCUGUCUAUUCCGGAAGAUGGAUUGAAUUUCCUGACUCUCGGUAACAUCUAUCAAUACGCUUUACAAAAUGGAGAUACAAUGUCACACUAUCCCUUCAAACAAACUCGCCAGAUCUCAUACUUUGGACUAUUUCCUGACAAAGAUGCUUCAGUGAGGACCUUCGAUAAACUUGCUGUAAUCAUCAGUAAAUUUUGGAGCGAUUUUCAACCCCAUUGGAAAAUAAAGUGGGAUAUUGAACUGAUCGAAACCUACUUAAAUUUCCACUUUACUAAAAUGCGUGGUUCCAAUUGGGCUGAAAAACGGUUUACUUUCUUAUUUGCUUGUAGGUUGAGAGUCGUUGAAGAUGCUGAUCUUCGUUACUGUGAAAUGGCUAGAUGGAGAGUUACUAUGGUUUCUGAAGACAGGUCGGAAUUUGAGGUGGCAUCACUUUCUCUCCUUGGCGACUGGGUAAGCAGAAGAGGGGGCAUUAGAUCAUCCUCAGACGGUGCCUUCCCCUCGAUGGUAUUCGGUGAAAUGGUCAACUUGGUGAACUUCAUCGCGGCUGUUCUAAAGGAAGGAGUAUUCCAACCUUCUGCUUCUAAGUAG